UUUUCUAGAAAUGCAGUACUAUCCUGUGGAUGGUUUAGAUGUUGAAUAUGAUGUCUUAGAAAAGGCAACAGAGGCCUACUGUUCAAGCCUUGAUGAGAAGGAUGCCAACAGUUCAGAUACACUAACCAUUUCUAAUGGCAAACAGGUUAGAAUUCCAGAAUCCAAAACUGCUUUUCUUAAUUUAUUUGGUGGCGACUCAAAACAUAAAGUCCUGGCAUUAGAAGACAAGUGUGACUCAAACACAGUUUUGGCACUAUACCUAAAUAAAUCUUGGUGGUCAGUGGAAGAUGUUUUGAAGACUUCUGAUAGUUCCAGACAUGGGCUGGUACAAGUCAAGUCUUUAGGUGAAAGGAUUGUCCUUUAUGUGCUAAAUAUGAUUUGCGGAAGAAUGUCAGAGGUAUCCCCCACUUCAGAUACCUUCUUCCAUGCCCAUGGCCCAGAAGAAUAUGCUAAGAUAUUCUGGGAGGAUGGAGAAGCAGUUGGGUUCUAUACAGUCAAGAGGAAAGGUAGCCUGUGUGACAACUGCACCUGCCAGUGUUAUCAGAUCUCUGUGCUGGAUACAAUAUUUGUUAGAAAAAAGCACCGAAGAAAAGGUUUUGGAAUAAGGAUGUUGCAAGACUUUUGUCACACAUUUGCUGCUGAAGAAGAGCUAGGAAUCAGUAGUCCUAUCUCUCCAGUAAUGUAUCAAGUUUGUAGUAAAUUCUUGCAGUGCCAUCCUGAGAUGCAGAAUAUUUUAUGGGAAGUCGAAGCACCAGGAGACUGGAGUCAACGGAACAGCAUUUGGUUACAGAUUCAGCUGGAGCAUGCUUUGCCCGUUUGUAGUUUGGCUCAUGAUAAAACAGAAGAAAAAGAAGACUGCCAGUUAGACAGCACACCUGAAAGAAAUAAGCGACAAAAUGAAAAGAACAGGCUUUUAAUCGAAGAAGGCUACUCUAUGCAAGAUUAUAAUGAAGCAGCAGAAGCUAAAGGAAGAUGUGUGAGUAGAACCUUUGAAAGGCCAUUGAGUAAUGCACAAAACAGCUUUAAAGACUCUGCAGUUGAUAUCCAAGGAAGCAAAAUGCCAAACAAGAGAAAGUACAUUGUAGACAUGCCAGCAGAAGGCAGCACUGUAAAACACAGCAAGCCUAGUCUGUAACUCAGUACUUGUCUUAAAAGGAGUUGUAACAAGCCACAUAUUCUGUUUUGUUAGUAAUUUUCAUCACUAAGAAAGAGUAAGAAUGAGUUAAAAGUAGAGAGAGAAAUUAUUUCAUUUUUCAUUUACUUAGAAAAUAAACUGGUCUUUGUUUUGGAAGGGGGUAUUGGGCAGUGGCUUAAAGAUACAGAUACAAAUCAGGAGAGAACAUUUCAUGCCCCAAUUAUGUUCAGGAUCGAGUCAGAGAUUAGGUCAUCAACUCCUUUGGUGCUAUACUUACAGAAAUAGGUACACACAGUUUGUUAUAAUUAUGUCUACUAUCUAGGCGUGCUUAGAUAAACCAGUAUAGAAAGGAAAACCGUGUAGUUCAUAAAAAGAUGAAAUAAAAUCCGUACUUAUACUUGAUUUGGCUGUAGAUCAGGGGGGAUGUAAAAGAUACCACAGUGCUUAUCAAAGAGAAGGGUAAUUUCCCAAGUAAUCUGGCCAAGUUUUUCCCAGUCAGUAUGAAUACUGUCUCAGGUCUCCCCGGAAAUAAUUUGCAGCUGCAGGACUAACCUGGUCAGCAGAGAGUAAAUAGAAAAAUAAAAUAACACAUAACACAAAGUGGAUGUAACUGCUGUAUAUGUUUGUUUAAAAUUGAUUGUACUGGAGAGGUACUUUAAAAGCACUGUGACAGACAGGUAUUGAAGGGAUAUAUGGAGGAGAAGAUAUACUCAUAUUUUGCAGUGCCUUGAAAAGUUCAGCAUCAUGAUUGACUAUCCUCUUUCUCUAACUGUAAAAUCAUGUUUCACUUUUGAAAAAGAUGCUUUCAAUUCAAAUCUAGUCCUCCACAUGUUCACCAACUCAUAGUUAAGUGCUGUCUGAAAGCAUAAUUUGUUUGUGGCUGCAGAAGUUUUAUUAUUAUCUUUUAUGGUUUAUAUUUUUAAUGUUCAUAUUUUUGUUAGGGUGGUAGGGUACAGGAAACUUUUUCUAUAAUGUUAAUAAAAUAAGUGAGAAUUCAAGAAUUCGCAUUGUAUUUAUUUAUUUAUAAUUAAGACCUUAUUCUAUAAUCCCAGUGAACUAAUGUUGGAUAUUCCUAUGGUAGUGUUUACUAAUGGAGAUGGAUAUAUAGUCACACUCCUUUCAGCGUGCAACCAAAGUGCACUGCAUUCCAUCAGUAAUACUACUGUAGAAUAUACACUGAAAUGUCUUGCUCCUGAAAUAAUUCAUAUAGCUAUGGACAAUGAUUUUGAAGGAAACUAAUUGUGUCUAGAGUUUAGAGGAACUUGUACUUUGCUAAGUGCCUGGAGUUUUUAUUAUUAUUUUUUUUAUUAUUAUUUUAUUCCUUUGUUACAGUCUUUGUCCCAUUGCUUGGUGAUCAUCAGUCCCCUCUUGGCCAAAUGACCCACUCUUUCCCUUAUCACUGAGAGUGAGAGUUAACUGAGAGGGAUCAUUGUGUAGGCAACCAUCAGGGAUAGUUUGAGGGUUUUUCGCAUAAGCCCUAUUCCCCUGUGCAUGCUACAGUAGGCUGAUUGCACUGCUCAUCCCACAAUUCUAGUGGAGCAUUGCCAGUAAAUAACCCUGCUCCCCCAUCCUCAAGCAUCAGAUGUAGUUUCACUGAUUGCCACUGAAGAAAACAUAACCCAGUAUGUUCAUUGAGUACCUGUAACUCAGCCGCCCCAACACAAGGAGAUGUGAGCACGUCAUACCUUUUUACUCCUCACCAUCCCUGCCUGACUCCUUCAGUGAAGGGGCUGCUAAUCAAAGCCCGGUCAUCUGCAUCAUGGUCAGCACUCCAUCCCUGUGUAUCACAGAACUAGACAUGUCUCUGUAGAUAUCUUCCUUCCUCCUCAACAGCUGUAAAGGUACUAUCAAAUGGACAGGAGGUACAUUAUUUCAAUUUGUGGCCUUUUAACAGUCUGGGCCAGUAUCACAAUGAUUCUUAAGUACUAUACCAGACUGAAAUAGUUCAUUGGUUCACAGAUUAGUACUAGAUUAACUGCCCUUAUGGACCACUUUAAGCCUAGCUAAUUACCUCAUGUGAAAAUCAAACCCUACACCUUUAAUCUGUAAGGAAUUAUGCCAACCUCCUACCCAAAUUAAAUGCUAAUUUCCCUUUCAUGUAUUCAAACCCUGGACCUACUGCACAUGAAGCCGUCACUUUCCCCAUUUAGCUAAGUGGACAUUAAUUAAGUUUAUGGUGUGUCUAUGUUUAUGGCAUGUUGUAGGAUUAGAUACUGUAGACUUAGAUGCUAAUCUUCCCAAGAUGGACAACAGGCACUGACUAAGGAAGUUGCCUUGUGCAGAUGGCAAAAUUAACUAAUCCACAAAUGUUUCUCUUCCACACAUUUCUUAUAACUAUAUUUUUUCCCAUUGUGGAACAGUAUAAAUUGUAUAUGCCACGUUUGCUGUGGAAAGAUGGACCAUUUUCAUUUUUCUUCCAUAAAAAAUAUGAUAUCAUCUAACUAGGAGUAGGAAUGUAUGGCUGCCUGUUCUUUAACCAUAAUUUUUUACUACAGGGAGGGCUUGUUAGAAAGUUAUGGACUGCAACUGUUUGAUAUAUAAAUCAAAAUUAUAUUUACUUGAAAUGUAUGAAAAAACUGUGAAGCUUCCAAAGGAAGGUAUGUGAUGGUCACAGAUAUCUGCAAAUAUUAAUUCAAAGGAUUAUUUGUAUACAGAUAAUGUAAAUAUUGUGAAUAAAAUAGUUAAUCAGU